CUCUUUGCGCUGGCCGGCGCAUGUUGAUGACGCAGGCGAGACAUGGCGGUGUUGCUGGAAACAACGUUAGGAGACAUCGUGAUCGAUUUAUACACAGAAGAGAGACCGAAAGCAUCUCUGAACUUCCUGAAACUGUGCAAAAUCAAAUAUUACAACUACUGUCUGAUUCACAAUGUUCAGAAAGAUUUCAUUGUUCAGACGGGUGACCCCACCGGCACGGGACGAGGAGGAGAGUCUGUGUUCGGUAAACUGUAUGGCGAUCAGGCAAACUAUUUUGAACGGGAGAAGAUGCCUAGGAUCAAGCAUAGAAAGAAAGGGACAGUGUCUAUGGUGAACAACGGCAGUGACCAGCAUGGAUCUCAGUUUCUGAUCACCACAGCAGAGAAUCUGGAUUAUCUGGAUGGUGUUCACACAGUGUUUGGAGAAGUCACGGAGGGUUUGGACGUGCUUUCUAAAAUCAAUGAGACCUUCGUCGACAACAACUUCAUCCCUUACCAGGACAUCAGGAUUAACCACACGGUGAUUCUGGACGACCCGUUUGAUGAUCCCUCGGGCCUCCCGAUCCCAGACCGAUCGCCUGAACCCACUAAAGAGCAGCUGGAUAGUGGUCGUAUUGGAGCAGAUGAGGUGAUAAACGAUGAAGGGGCGAGAGAUGCUGAGGAGCUGGAUGAACUGAUAAAGGACAAGGAAGCGAAGACACAAGCCAUUUUACUGGAGAUGGUGGGUGAUCUUCCAGAUGCAGAUAUUAAACCUCCAGAGGACGUGCUGUUUGUGUGUAAACUGAACCCAGUGACCACCGAUGAAGAUCUAGAGAUCAUCUUCUCACGCUUCGGACCCAUUAAAUGUUGUGAGAUCAUCAGAGACUGGAAAACAGGAGAAUCUUUGUGCUAUGCAUUCAUUGAGUUUGAAAAGGUGGAGGAUUGUGAAAAAGCAUUCUUCAAAAUGGACAAUGUCCUGAUAGAUGACCGUCGCAUUCAUGUGGACUUCAGCCAGUCAGUGUCCAAGAUCAAAUGGAAAGGCAAAGGUGGGAAGUACACUAAGGAAGAUUUUAAGGCCUACGAGAAAGACCUGGACAACAAAUCCAAGCUGGCUUUGAAAGACAAUGUCAAAGCCAAGCAGGACUCCCGUUACGAGCUUCUCUUAGAUGAAGAUGAGGAUGAGAGAAGGAGGGACGACAGAGAGAAAAGUGACCGGAAACGACAUUCAGACGAGAGGCCCAAGGACAAAAAGUCAAAGGAUCGUGAUGAGAGUCGGAGAGAAAAGGAUAAAGGCAGACAGCGUUCACGUUCAAGAGACCGAGAGAGAUACAAGGAGCGCGAGAGGGGCUGGGACAAGGGAAGAGAAAAGGAGAAACAGAGAGACCGAGGCAAAGAGAGAGACAGCGAUCACAAACGCUACAGACGAGAUCGCAGCCGCAGUCGUAGCCCUAAGAGAUCAAAGUAUUAACCAUCACUGUCACUGUGUGUCAACAGAGCAGGUUUCCUAAAACUUACUGAUUUCAGUUAAAAAAAAACA